AUGGUUGAAGUACCAGUCGUGGCUCUGCUGAUCAUAGACCUGAACCCGAUAAUGAACACGAUGUUUGUCACGCCUGAAGUCACUAUCUUAGCAGUGGGCGCGACACGCCUGUACCGAUCUCUGAACGCGACUGUUCAGGGCCCACCCGAAACGUUCACGGACGGCGCACCGCAAGGCGUGGUUUCAUUAGCGCGAGGCAACGAAGUGCAACUCGAAGACAUGCAAAACCAUGGCGCUACCACGCGCGAGAGGCCGUAUGUUUAUAAGCAUUCGCCAUGA